CUUAGCCUUAAAUGAGGAGCAUUAUCUGUUGGAGUUUAGUACUUACCUAACCUCUCGGUUGACAAUAUCUGUGUGAUCACGCUUGGUGACAAAGUCUGAAAGUGUUAAUAUAUUAAGUUUUUCAACCUGGCUGAAGCUCUAAGUUUUUAUGUCAAAUCCUCUAGCGUCUUUGGAUGUAGCCCAGAGUCGCAACCCAUAAUAAAGAAAAGGCCGAAAAAAAUUGACAAUCUGACGGUUCUCCUAUUGGGUGGAAUUCAACCUUACCGGCGCGUACCAUUUUAAAAGGUGAACAUUACAGAGGACAGUAUAUAAUGAACCUUACAGCAAUGCUGCAUCUAAAUUUGGAGAAAGAAGAACAGCUUAACGAUAGAUUAGCGGGAAACGCUAACGGAGUAGUUAACUUGGCUAUUGUGUCCGAUUUAGAAGAUAAUGGCUCUAUAUAUUCAAUUACCAUAAAGAGCGAUGGAACAGAGCACACAGAUGACCCUUUUGAAGUGACGGAUGCCCCAUUAGGUAUCACAACCGAAUUCUCCCACGAUGAAUCGUCGAUCAACUCUGGCGUAUCGAUGAAAACUUUGGAGUCAACCAAAUUGUCUGAUCGCGACUCAAAUUGGGAGUAUUCAAAUAGUGACGAGAAGUGGUAUUCAAUUACGCUUCAGGUAUUCAUUCCUUUUAUACUCGCCGGAUUUGGAACAAUUGGAGCUGGACUCGUUCUAGGAAAAACGGAGAAGGAAGAAAUCUUCAAAAAAGUUGAUUCCCUGUAUAUACUGGUUCCGGCAAUUAUCGGGUUAAAGGGUAAUCUGGAUAUGUGCUUGGCAACAAGGUUGUCCACAGCUGCUAAUGUUGGCCAAAUGGAUAGCAAAAAGCAGAUAAUGAAGAUGGUUAUUGGAAAUAUCGGGCUCGUACAGAUACAGGCGAUUGUCGCAGCGGUAGUUGUAUCUGUAUACGCCGUACUAAUUUCUGCUCUCCUUAUGCAACACUCUGUACUGUGGGAAGAUAUAGUCUAUGUGUCAAGCUGCAGUAUUUUAACAGCAAGUACUUCGUGCUUUAUAUUAGAUAUUGUACUGUGCUCUGUUAUUGUGAUGUCAUUCAAGCAUGGAAUGAACCCAGACAACUUUGCAACUUCUUGCGCAGCUAGCAUAGGCGAUGUCGUUUCUUUGUCGGCACUAUCUCUUUUUGCUGGAGCUGUUUAUCUACAUCGCGAAACACUGCCUUGGAUAUGUUAUGCGAUUUGUGGUAUAUACAUAUUUGCAGUUUUGCCCUUUUGGACAUGUAUCGUAAUAAAAAACAAGUACACCAAGCAUAUACUAACAGAAGGAUGGAUACCAGUUUUUUCGGCUUUGUUUAUUUCAGGGUUAGGCGGUUUAAUACUCGACAGCGCUGUAGGACAAUUUCGAGGCUUUGUCGUAUUUCAGCCAAUAAUUAAUGGUAUUGGAGGUAAUUUGGCAUCAGUGCAUACGAGCCGAAUAUCAACCAUGUUACAAAAAAGUUCUCUUCCUGGAAUAAUUCCACCCCACACUAAACUGUGCGUAACUCCAUGGACAGCACUAGUUAGCGGAGUUUUCUCUGCAAAAGCAGCGCGGAUCUUGAUUUUAAUAUCAUUGCCUGCAAAAACAUUAUUUAUUUUCGUUGCUGACAUUAUUUACAACAAAGGAGUUUCCUGCAUCACUCCGGCAUUUAUUUCCGCUUAUCUUGGAGUCUCGCUGAUCCAAAUCAUAAUUCUCCUGUAUGCUGCUCAUAUACUAACGCAUCUUCUGUGGAAAUUAAAAAUUAAUCCGGAUAACGCGGCUAUACCCUUCCUAACCGCGACUGGCGAUUUACUGGGCACAUGUCUACUGGUUUUGGCGUUUACGUUUUUAACCGCCAUAGGACACCCUUAUCAACCAGUAUUUUAAGAACUUAUUCAUUUAAUUCAGUAUUACUAUUUAAUGUGUUAUUUUUUCUUACUAUUUUGUACGCAAUGAUAUAAUUAUAAUGACCUGUCGGCAGUACUUAAAGGUCAAUGAUAGGCGAGGGGAUGCCUCAACAAAAAUGUGCCAUUACUAGAUAGAAAUAGUUUUUGUUAACUGUUUACCAUAAAACUGAAACCAAACUUGGCGUUGUUAUAUAAUGUCAUUGUAUAUAGUUGGUGCAAACAACUGUGAUUGAAUACCUUUAUGUUACUUUACAGUAUUAGAUAAUAAAUUGUUAAAACCAA